AUGGUGAUUGCUGCUCAAACAUUUCCCCAACUCACUUUUGCAUUUGGUCUUAUUGGUACUCUCUUUUCAUUUAUGGUAUUUAUUUCACCCCUUGCAACAUUCUAUGAAGUUUACAAAAAGAAAACCAUGGAAGGCAUUAAGUCGUUGCACUACGUGGUGGGAUUAUUUACAUCUGUUCUAUGGUUAUAUUACGCGUUGAUAAAGGGCGAUGCAAUGUACCUAACCACCAUCAGGUCCGUUGGCAUUGUCAUACAAACCUUUUAUCUGUGUGUUUUCGCCUUUUAUGCCCCAAAGAGAGCCAUGAUGAAGUCUUUGAAGCAAAUCAUGAUGUUCAUAGUUAUUGGAUUCGGAUUGAUUGUUAUCUUGAGCCAAUUACUUACGAAAGGCACUCAACGCGAUGUGAUAGUUGGAUGGGUUGUCCUUGUAUUAACUUCUCUGUGUGUUUUUGUCACACCUUCAAGUGUCUUGACACAAGUGAUCAAAACUAAGAGUGUGAAAUACAUGCCUAUUCUUCUGGUAUUAUCGGUGACACUAAGUGGCUUUGUGUGGUUCUUUUAUGGUUUACUUCUUGCGGACUUAAACAUCAUUGUUCCAAAUGCUCUCGGAUUCACCUUGGGUGUCAUUCAAAUUAUAUAUUACGUUGUGUAUAGGAAUGUGAAGGCAGACGUCGACGACAAUACUACAGAAAACAACGAGCAAUUGAGUGAAAAUGAUGAACCGGGUGCCCCAAAAGUAAAAGAUCAAAACGCGUCUAUAGACUCUGAAAACGUUGCAAACCCUCAUGGUAGUCCAGUUGUGGCUAAUGAUCACGCGAUUGAUAUCCCAGUUGGAGAUUGA